AUGUCCGAAUCACGAUUAUACUCUUUCUCUCCGGAGACCAAGGAGCAGCUGCGCAAAUUCCGUCUCGGCACAUCGAGAGCCAAGAAUGCUCAAGCUAUCAUCUAUAUCAUUGAUGUAAAGAGCCAAGAGAUCCGUCCCCAGGACGGCGAGGUCUACUCCAAGAUGGAAGAUCUAGCUGACGAUCUCCCCGAAUCAUCACCUCGAUACAUCCUCCUCAGCCAUCCCCUGACACUUAAAGACGGCCGUCUCUCAGUCCCUUACGUCCUCCUCUACUGGCUGCCCGAGAACUGCAAUCCAUCACAGCGUAUGAUGUACGCCGGUGCGGUGGAACUGAUGCGAACAGCCGCCCAGGUGAACCGAGUGGUUGAGGUUGAGACAGACGAAGAUAUCACCUCUAUCGCGGAUAAGUUGACAAGCUCCGAUUAA